AGCUGACCUGGGGGCGGGGCCGGGGCGGGGCCGGGGCGGGGACCUAAAGCCUCUGCUCCUUCCGAGUGGGUGAGUGGGUUCCCCGCCGGUCUCUUGCAGCGCUGCCUUUCUAUCCUUCCACAUCUCUGUGGCGGGGGCUCCCAAGAUGCGCCUCCACCUGCUCCUGCUGCUCGCGCUGUGCGGUACAGGGACCACCGCUGCGGCGCUUAGCUACAGCUUGCGGGGAAACUGGAGCAUCUGCAAUGGGAACGGCUCGCUGGAGCUGCCCGGCGCGGUCCCCGGCUGCGUGCACAGCGCCUUGUUCCAGCAGGGCCUGAUCCAGGAUUCUUACUACAGAUUUAAUGACCUUAACUACAGAUGGAUCUCUUUGGAUAACUGGACCUACAGCAAGGAAUUUAAAAUCCCCUUUGAAAUUAGCAAAUGGCAAAAAGUAAAUUUGAUUCUUGAGGGAGUGGAUACAAUUUCAAAAAUCCUGUUCAAUGAAGUCACUAUUGGGGAAACAGACAAUAUGUUCAAUAGAUAUAGCUUUGAUAUUACCAAUGUGGUCAGGGACGUGAACUCCAUUGAGCUGCGUUUCCAGUCAGCAGUGUUGUAUGCAGCACAGCAGAGCAAAGCUCACACACGCUACCCGGUGCCCCCGGACUGCCCUCCACUUGUGCAGAAGGGUGAAUGCCAUGUCAACUUUGUCCGGAAGGAGCAAUGUUCCUUUAGUUGGGACUGGGGGCCUUCCUUUCCUACCCAGGGAAUCUGGAAAGAUGUUAGAAUUGAAGCCUAUAAUAUUUGUCACCUGAACGACUUCACAUUUUCCCCAAUAUAUGAUAAGAGUGCCCAGGCGUGGAAUCUGGAAAUAGAGGCUACAUUUGAUGUUGUCAGCUCAAAGCCAGUUGGUGGUCAAGUGAUCGUAGCCAUCCCUAAGUUGCAAACACAACAGAUGUACAACCUUGAACUUCAACCUGGGAAAAGGAUUGUUGAGCUAUUUUUGAACAUUAGCAAGAAUAUUACUGUAGAAACUUGGUGGCCUCAUGGACAUGGAAACCAGACUGGGUACAACAUGACUAUUCUUUUUGAACUGGAUGGAGGCUUAAAUAUCGAAAAAUCAGCUAAGGUUUAUUUUAGGACAGUGGAACUUAUAGAAGAGCCCAUAAAAGGGUCUCCUGGUUUGAGUUUCUAUUUCAAAAUUAAUGGAUUUCCCGUAUUUCUAAAAGGCUCAAACUGGAUCCCAGCAGAUUCAUUCCAGGACCGAGUAACCUCUGAGUUGUUACGGCUCCUUUUACAGUCUGUUGUGGAUGCUAACAUGAAUACUCUUCGGGUUUGGGGAGGAGGAAUUUAUGAGCAGGAUGAGUUCUAUGAACUCUGUGAUGAACUAGGAAUAAUGGUAUGGCAGGAUUUUAUGUUUGCCUGUGCCCUUUAUCCAACUGAUCAGGGCUUCCUGGAUUCAGUGAGAGCAGAAGUUGCCUACCAGAUCAAGAGACUGAAAUCUCAUCCUUCUAUCAUCAUAUGGAGUGGCAAUAAUGAAAAUGAGGAGGCGCUGAUGAUGAAUUGGUACCAUAUCAGUAUCACUGACCGGCCAAUCUACAUCAAGGACUAUGUGACACUCUAUGUGAAAAACAUCAGAGAGCUCGUAUUGGCAGGAGACAAGAGUCGUCCUUUCAUUACGUCCAGUCCUACAAAUGGGGCUGAAACUGUUGCAGAAGGCUGGGUCUCUCAAAACCCUAAUAGCAAUUAUUUUGGUGAUGUACAUUUUUAUGACUAUAUCAGUGAUUGCUGGAACUGGAAAGUUUUCCCAAGAGCUCGAUUUGCAUCUGAAUAUGGAUAUCAGUCCUGGCCAUCCUUCAGUACAUUAGAAAAGGUCUCAUCUACAGAGGACUGGUCUUUCAGUAGCAAGUUUUCACUUCAUCGACAACAUCACGAAGGUGGUAACAAACAAAUGCUUUAUCAGGCUGGACUUCAUUUCAAACUCCCCGAGAGCACAGAUCCAUUACGCACAUUUAAAGAUACCAUCUACCUUACUCAGGUGAUGCAGGCCCAGUGUGUCAAAACAGAAACUGAAUUCUACCGCCGCGGUCGCAGUGAGAUAGUGGAUCAGCAAGGGCACACGAUGGGGGCGCUGUAUUGGCAGUUGAAUGACAUCUGGCAAGCUCCUUCCUGGGCUUCUCUUGAGUAUGGAGGAAAGUGGAAAAUGCUUCAUUACUUUGCUCAGAAUUUCUUUGCUCCACUGUUACCAGUAGGCUUUGAGAAUGAAAACACGUUCUAUAUCUAUGGUGUGUCAGAUCUUCACUCGGACUAUUCGAUGACACUCACUGUGAGAGUCCAUACGUGGAGCUCCCUGGAGCCCGUGUGCUCCUGUGUGACUGAACAUUUGGUGAUGAAAGGAGGAGAGGCUGUCCGCCUCUAUGAGGAGCCAGUGUCUGAAUUGCUGAGGAGAUGUGGGAAUUGCACACGGGAAAGCUGUGUGGUUUCCUUUUACCUUUCAGCGGACCAUGAACUCCUGAGCCCGACCAACUACCACUUCCUGUCCUCACUGAAGGAGGCUCUGGGGCUCUGCAAGGCGCAGAUCACUGCCAUCAUCUCUCAGCAAGGUGACAUAUUUGUUUUUGAUCUGGAGACCUCAGCUGUCGCUCCCUUUGUCUGGUUGGAUGUAGGCAGCAUCCCAGGGAGAUUUAGUGACAACGGUUUCCUCAUGACUGAGAAGACACGAACUAUAUUAUUUUACCCUUGGGAGCCCACCAGCAAGAGUGAGUUGGAGCAAUCUUUUCAUGUAACCUCCCUAACAGAUAUUUACUGAAGGAAUCUAGGUUGUAUUUUCAGUGGACAAUGGGAAUAAAGCGUUUCUAAAGCACUGGCUGGAGAGGAAGGGAACAGAGACAAGGAGAGAAGCCAAGGGACAUGUCUGUGUGCCGCCACCCAUCUGAGCGAUUGCUCUGCGAAGAGUUGUACACUGAACACUUUCAGGGGAGGCUGUUUACCCAGGCAAUGUCCUCAAACAAGCCUGUGCCGGGGUGUCCUGGAGUCUCUGCCAGGACUGUUUUUAGCCCUUCACCUUUCAGCUUUAGCAGGACCUGAACCAGUUAUAACAAGAUGGCCCUGCAGCUGGUUACAAGAAUGUGACAUGGCAGGAUCUAUGGAACCAAACGGAAGGUUUUGAGGUGAUGUAGGUCUUUCAUAGUUAGCUUUGGGGAAUACUGAAUACACAAAUGAAGUGCUUUGUUAUUAUUUCAGGGGGAAUGGCGAUUGAAGUGCUACAACAGAGAUUUCGUGGUGGUAGCCAUAUUGAUAGACAAUUUAGGAGGUUUAUUGUUGCUAUUUGAUUACUGUUUGGGGUAGGACAACUUUUUCAUUUAUGGGUUUUGUUGUAAGAUAUUGCUUUAACAACAACUUCUUUUUUUAAAGGCUGUUAGAGUGAUCUUCCUUUGAAAAGUGUGCUCACAUGAAAAUGAAUGUCACUGAGAUCACUGGAAAUUUCUAGGGGUUCUGACAUUGGUCAUCACCCAUGUGGGCUUUAGACUUGGCUAAAUCCAAUAUGCUUUCCAAUGCAAAGCCUGCGAAUUGGAUUUAAACUUGUUGGCCCUGGCAGCAAAAUGGUGUUCCUUUUAGCUUGAGUUUAAAUCAUUUUAUUUUUAUUGGCUAAUUAUAAAUUGCUAUGGAAUUGUCUUAUUAUACAUUAUUCUGUUUAUAAAAUUACAUUGAUGAUAAAGCAAAUGAGGCAAAAUGUUAAUGAGUAGCUAUUUGGGUAAAGGUAUAUGGGUAUUUUUCUGUGCGUGUGAAAUUAUAUGAAAAUAAAAGUUACAUAAAUUACAUUGACAACUU